AUGUUAAACAUUGCACGCAUUCGUCCAUUCAUCAACAGAAAAGCAUGUGAAGAUGCAAUUAGAACGAUCGUUGCAUCUAGACUGGACUAUGCCAACUCGCUACUGCAUGGAGUCAACUUAUCCAGUAUCCAGCGUCUCCAGAGAGUUCAGAACCGUGCGGCUAAACUCAUAUUCAUGGCCCGGAAAUAUGAUCACGUGACCCCUCUGCUGAAAGAAUUACAUUGGCUCCCGGUACAACAACGAAUCACCUUUAAGAUCCUGACCCUCGUCUACAAGUCUCUUCAUGGUAAAGCUCCCACCUAUCUUGACUCACUCAUCACACAAUAUCAUUCUGCUCGACCCGGUCUUCGCUCAAGUUCAGACUGUACUUUGCCAAACAGUAAAGCCGGUGAUAAUGCAUUUCAGACAUUUGCACCUUGUCUUUGGAAUAAUAUCCCCCAAUCUGUCCGCCAGUUGCCAUCACUAGAUGCGUUUAAGAGAGCCAUAAAAACCCUCCUGUUUGACUAA